CUCGAAGCCCGCGAAGAAGACGUGUUUCCGGUAGCUCGGAACCGGAAGCGCUUUGUCUGUACGGCCGUCUGUGGAAGGCGGGUGGCUGUACGGGAGUUUUUACGCACAACAACAAGCAUCAAUGAUCAAAAUGACAUCGAAGGCUAAAGUGGGGAAAGUGGGCUCAAAGAGCAAAGACGAUGCGCCUCACGAGCUGGAGAGUCAGUUCGUCCUACGACUUCCCUCGGAAUAUGCGUCAACCGUGAGAAGAAUUGCACAGUCUGGAAGCAUGAACCUCAAAGACAGACUCACGAUAGAGUUACACGCUGAUGGUCGCCAUGGGAUAGUGAGGGUGGACCGCGUUCCUUUGGCUUGCAAGUUGGUUGACUUGCCCUGCAUCCUCGAAUCCCUUAAAACAGUGGACAAGAAGACCUUCUACAAGACUGCUGACAUCUGUCAGAUGUUAGUUUGCACUGUCGAUGGCGACCUCUACCCUCCUUUAGAAGAGGUCACCGGGAGCACAGACCCCAAGAGCAAAAAGAAGGACAAAGACAAGGACAAGAAAUUCAUCUGGAAUCACGGCAUCACUCUCCCUUUAAAGAACACGAGGAAGAGAAGGUUCCGGAAGACGGCAAAAAAGAAGUAUAUUGAGUCUCCAGAUGUGGAAAAGGAGGUGAAGCGACUCCUCAGCACAGACGCCGAGGCAGUCAGUGUUCGGUGGGAGGUGAUCGCAGAGGACGAGACCAAGGAACCGGACAGUCACGGCUCGCUGGCCAACCUGGACUCCUCUCCAGGGACCUCCGGGCAUAAGAUGAGCCACGGUUCCUCCGUGCAACGCGACGAGCUACGCGAGAUGUUCAACGACAUCAGCAGCAGCGAGGAUGACGACGACGAGGGCGACCGGCAUGAGGACGACGACCUCAACAUCAUGGACACGGAGGAUGACCUGGAGCGGCAGCUACAGGACAAGCUGAGCGAGUCAGACGGAGCGCGUGAUGAGAGUGAUGGCAACAACCAGAUAGUGAUGGAGUACCAGGUGCAGAUCAACAAUGUCAAAUCCAAGCUGCAGGAGACACGUGCCCGCAAGAAGCAACAAGAAGAUUUAAUCAUGAAGGUGGAGAACCAGGCCUUGAAGAAUCGCUUCCAGGCUCUCCUGGAUGAAAUUAUCCGGCAGGAGGAGCGUGAAAUGGAACAGCUGGCCUCAUUACAAGAGCAGCUGGACUCACUGAUUGAGAAGUGACCAGCAGGGCGCAGUGUACAGUCAGCACAGGCCAAGCUUGCAGUCUUCCCGUGGAAGAGGAGCUGCUACUCCUAUUGAUCUUCAUGAGCUAAUGGACCUUUU